AUAAAAGUACAUAAUAAUAAAAAGUUACAUUUAUUUCACUUUAUUUGACACAUUUUUAAAAUCACUUUGACUGCAGCACCACAUAAUACAGCACUGUUUGUUCCACCAGGUCACUUUCUGCUUUAUUUUGCACUGUCUUUGUUUACAUUCGACCACAUUCCUAUAUUGUAUAUGUCAUAUACCACUUAAACCAUAUUGUGUAUAUCUCUGCAUAUAUUUAAAUAUAUUUAUUCAUUGAUGUUCAUACUACUACAUGAAACCACCUGUUUAACCUAUUUAACAUGCUAAAAUAUAUUUUCUCACAAAAAAUAUAAAUUAAUAAUAAAUGCAAAGUGGCAGAAAUGUAUGUAGAUAAUGUGUAUAGAAUGUAUACGUCUUAUUUUUUAUAUUCUGUCUUCUAUACCUAUGUGUCUGUAUCUUGAGCUGCUGUGACAAUUAAAUUUCCCCACUGCAGAAUAAAUCUUGGUCAUUGUAUUGCAGAUGAUAUGAAUGAUGAUGAUGACAUAUACAGACAGUGUUUUAAGUUAUAUGCACAGGCCAACACCAUAGCAUGUAAGUUUAGCUGCUGUUCUACUCAAGUUAAAGUGGCUCUGUUCAAAGCUUACUGCACACCAUCUAUACUGCCCAUCUGUGGUCUUCUGACAAAAAAUCCAGCAUGCAGAAGUAACAAGUUGCCUACAAAGACGCAAUGAGAAUUUUACUGCAGGUUCCCAGAGGAUGGAGUGCUAGUCAGAUGUUUGUAUCUGUAGGAGUUAGCACACUGAAAGCACUUUUAAGAAAUGUGAUGUUUAAGUUUACGCAGUCUGGAUGAGUCCACCAAACUAAACAACUGCUUAGGGCCUUGUGGCCUCUAGGGGGGCAAUUUUAUACAUUACGUAUUAUUAUUGCAUUGGUAUUAUUUAUGUUAUUAACUUGCUAUUAACAAUCAAUAUUAUUGGCAGAAAUAGAGGGCCCAAAAUCGAAUUCUGGUUAGGGCCCCAUGGAGGCUUGGGCCAGCUCUGAUGGUGGUACUCUCUGAUCCCUUUGUGACCUGCUCCAGGUCCACAUCCAGACUGAGAGGACAUUGGCUGAAAUGUCUACCUAACCGGACGUGUCCUGUCUGACCGUGUCUGCCUUGACUCUCCGCGGUGAGAUGGCUGUGGAGCCUCUGCUGGUUCCUGUGAAGUGGAAACAGGCUCUGUGGACAGACAGACAGACAGACAGACAGCAGGAGGAGGCGAGAAAACCCGCCGCAGCCCGCUUCGACCUCCAUUUGUUAAAAAUAAUAACGGUUUGGUUCUGCAGAUGAGCAGCCUGAAUCCUGAAAUCCAGACGACUGAACAUCCCGUCAGCACACCUGAGCACUGGGGACUGGCCCUGGACAGGUUUGAGUAGUCUCUGUGUGGCUGGGCAGCCUGGCUGCCUCCCUGCCUCCAGAUGAAUGAAGAGCACUCCGGGACACAGAGACACAGCUGAUGCAGGGCAUGCAGGUGUUUCUGCAAAUAUGAUGAAGAAAAAGAAUCCCCAUAAGAAACACAAGAGCAGUCUGGGUCCGACCACCAAAGUCCUGCAGCAGCCACGACGCAACAUCGUCGGCUGCAGGAUCCAACAUGUUUGGAAAGACGGAGGAGGACACGUGGUCUGGAAAGGAACCGUGCUGGACCAGGUGCCUGUCAACCCUUCUCUCUAUCUGAUAAAGUACGAUGGUUUCGACUGUGUUUAUGGUCUGGAGCUUCAUAAAGACGAGAGGGUUCAGGGACUGGAGGUGCUCCCUGACAGACUCGCUAAAUCCCGCCUAACAGAUGUCAACCUAGCCGACACUAUGAUCGGUAAAGCGGUGGAGCACAUGUUUGAGACAGAGGAGGGUCCGAAGGAGGAGUGGAGGGGGAUGGUGCUGGCUCGGGCUCCCAUCAUGACCACCUGGUUCUACAUCACCUAUGAGAAAGACCCAGUUCUCUACAUGUACCAGCUGCUGGACGACUACAAAGAGGGAGACCUCCGCAUCAUGCCAGACUCAAAUGACACUGUCCCGACAGAGAGGGAACCAGGCGAGGUGGUGGACAGUCUGGUGGGCAAACAGGUUGAGUACGCCAAAGAGGAUGGCGGCAAACGAACAGGCAUGGUCAUCCACCAGGUGGAGGCCAAGCCGUCCGUCUACUUCAUCAAGUUUGACGACGACUUCCUCAUUUACGUCUAUGACCUGGUCAAAACUUCAUAAGACUUUGCAGACGUCCUGACUGAGCCCCUCCCACACGACAAGAAACAAAAUGCAGCACAUGUUGAAACAUCGGAAGCAUUUGAUCCAGAGCGUUCCUCUCAGACCACCGAGGACAAAAAUAAAGACUUAAAAAAAUCAUAUACACCAUGGAAAACGACUGGAUGGAUAUCGAACUGGGUCCGGGGAUGUUCAAGAUGGGAAAUAAUCCCAGUUUAGUGACAUGAAGAAUCACCAUUGACCUUCUCAGAUUCUUAAAUUUUUUACGUUGCACAGUCCAACAUUUUUUGAAUACCCCUGGCUUAAAUCAUUCCCUUUUACUUCAGAAAAAAAGAUACAAAUAACUUUCUCUUGGCAGUAUUUUUAGGAAUCUGACAUUCUAUUCAAAAGUAGCUGAACCCUGAAAUUCUUUUGUGUUUUCCCAAGACCACUUACACCUACAAAAAGGAAGCCGUCAGUAUCUAGAUUUCAUCCAAUGCUCUUCUUGUUAAACCCCUUGUUCGACCAAGCCUGUUCCCGGCCGCUGCCCAAUUACAAACCGGUUCUUUGUUUUUUUUUCGACUGCCAAAGAACUGGCUCUCUGCCAGGAAAACUGGUUCCACAGCGGCACCAACUCUCUGCUGGUCUUCAACCGCUUACAUCAGGGGCUGGGGGCGGGGUUUUCUGACCAACAAGACCAACUAAGUGCUGUUGAGAGAGACCAACUAAAAUGUGUAUCAAACGUGGUUCGCAAGUUCAACCAACUGCGAACCCGCACCGGCUCCGAACCGGCCCUGGAACUGCUUUGGUCAAAAAAGGGGUAUUGUAGAGGAAAAAUGUGGACUCUGCGAUUUGUGCCACAGAUAAUGAUAAGAUAAUGAUCAUAGUCGAUUCUUCUCACAUGAUAAGGAAAUGGGAUCAUUAUCUCUGAAGGUCUGGAGUUGCUGGCAGUGUAGAAACAUGACAAAACUGUCCUCAAAGAUUUCUUUGCGGAAAGAAGACUUGAGGAAGAAUUCUUGGACAGCAAAAAUAACCCAGUUGUGAUCACAAUGGAGAAUGAGCUUGUGUUUUUGGGACAACACAACUUAGGGGCAUCGUCUGUUAUCUUUGUCAUCUCCAGUAUCCAGAAUCGCAACUGUAUGGAAGCCCAUUUUUGCCAUGAAAAAUCGACAUAAUUUUAGACAUGUUACCUCCUAAUUUAUUACUUUUUUUGACCAAUUAGAACUGCUAUAAAUCAAAGUUUUUACGAUGUAACAUGACUUAUUGUGAUAUACUAUCUCAUCAUUUUGAGCUACUAGAUAACCAAUAUAUUUUUUAAUUGAUUACAUUUUGAUUUAAUUGGUAUAUCUCAUAAUUUUGCAUUACUAAACUUUUUUUUUUUUUUUUACGAGAAUUGAUAUCUCAUCAUUUCUGUUUGAAUGUUUUCCAUUCUUAACACAUUUUUUUCUACGCUUAAUGAGAUUCCAUAUAACUGAAACAACACAAGCUGGUUCAACUUGGACUUGAGAUACUUCCCGAAGCCUUGGAAACCCGACAAACCAACCUUUAACCUUUUACACGUGAUGGUCUGGUCACAAACAAAGGGGAACUCUUUGGGGAAAAAUCCCCAAACUUAAUUCAUGGGCCUUCGGUUGGAAUAAAGGUUGACUGAAGUGGAAUAUCUGUAUAGAACAAAACAAUAUAGUGUGCUACUUACACAGACUCCAUCUCAAAAACUCCAACUGAAUAUUAAUAAAGAGGUUCAGUAAUCCUCAUCAAAAGACGUCUUCAGUACAAAAAAAACUGUGAUUUAAAAAAACAAGGGGGCUUUUUUUCCUUUUUUGCUUUUAAUCAUUGCCAAAACCCCUUCCUGUCGUGAAGUCGUUUGAUGUUAAAGACGAUCGGACAGCUUUUUCUUGUGAUUUCACUAAAGCCUUUUUGGAUUUGCUCUUGUGUUGUCUUUUCUAAGUUGUCAAUGAAGGAUUUCAAAGGACGGAGAGACAAAACUGAAACUUGGCCAAAGCCCUUUCUGUCCUUGGCAGAUGGUUUUAUUGUUGAAUACCUUGUUACGGACGGACAAACGCCUGGAUCUGAGAUUUCUUGGACUGUUCUUCGUCCGUGUGAACUUGGAAGACAGCGGUGGAUUCAAAAUUUAAAAACUUGUGGAUGUGAGGAUCAGAAAACAUGGCUUAAUGCACCUUAAAUCUCGGGAGAGAUCAGAAGAAUAUUCCCAGGACAGUUCAUGAGUAUGUUUGACUUUAGUUGUUGCCAGAAUCUACUAAAGACUCAAAUCCACUGUAGUGAUACAGUGGAGUCUUCAGUUUCAGAGGCAUCAGUGGCACCAGUUCACUUCCAUGUCUUUGCUGAUAAAAUUAUGACUGCAACAAAAGUAUCACACAAACCAAAAGAUUGUGAACUUUGCGUGGUGUAGAUCUGAUGCUCUCCUGGCUGUUUCUGUCUGAAGAAACAGAGAGAUGAUCCGGUCUCUUCCGCAGCACGAAUGCAGUAAGUGAGGACACAAUCAGUCGUGUUUAGUAUAUAUGAAGAGAUUUACAACCAGUGAAGGUAUGGAGCUAGAACAGUGACAGUUAACUGAGGUAUUGAAAGUAAAAAUUGGCAUUGAAACAACAAGUUUUGUCACUCUUUUGGCAAAUUGGACCCUCCUUGUCCCUCCUCUCCACACCAAAAAAUCAGAAAAACCAGUGAAAAAUGCAUUACCAUUGUAAAAAUCCUCCAAACCAAUGAUAAUGCGUAACGAUAUCAAACAUGAAAUAACAUAACAUGAUUGUGAGAUUGUAAUUUUUUGAAUGUUUGUGUUUUUAAUUUUCAGUUGAACCAUUUUUCAGUGCCAAAACUUGUUUCAAUGCCAAUUUUUAUUUUCAAUUACCUCAGUUAACUGUCACUGUUAUAGAUCAAUAUGAAGGGUUAAAUUUCCUUUUAUACAAAUGUACAUUUUAUUUUAUUUGGAUUUACUCCAGACUGAAGGUUUUCCAUAAACGUGUGUUCUGUACUGAUUUGAACUUGUAGUUGAACAGCAAGUAUUGGAGGUAAAAUUGCAAUUUGAAGGUUAGGAUGGAGCUGUUUUUACUCAAAUCCUAAUAACCAAAUACGAAAAGAAAAAAAAAUCCUAUAACAAAAAAAAAAAAAAGUCUGUAACAAAAGAACAUUGAAAAUGAUGGUGCUUUGAGGUGUUGCUCAUAGGUAGUUCUGUUGGUUUUUUUUAGUUUGUGUCUUGAUCAACAAAAUAAACCUAUUGUUAAUGUAUUCUGUACGCCAGUGUAUUAUGGGGGGAAAAAAAAAGGGGGUAGGGGGUUAUAUUUCGAGAAAAAAGUGGCAAAUUUAUGGGAUUAAAAGUGGCAAAUCUACAAGGAAAAAAGUAGAAAAAGUUUUUUCUCGUAGAUUUGCCACUUUUUUUUCUCAUAAAUCUGCUACUUUUUUUCUCGUAGAUUUGCCACUUUUUUCUCAUAAAUCUGCUACUUUUUUUCCUCAUAGAUUUCCCACACAUCUUUGCACUGAUGAGCAAUGCUUUACAUCGGUGACCAAUCGGAAUAAAAGCACAGAACAGACUAAUUUAUGAAAAACCUUCAGCCUGUGUUCUUCCUGUGAUGUAGUUAGUUGCUGAGGCAGAUUACAGCUCUUAUUAUAACCGCACUAAAAAAAAAAGACAGACUCUCAGAGAUCUGUCGUUUUCUGCACUUGUAUAUCUCUUUUUUCAUUGAAGUAUGAUUGUGAUCAUCUCAACAGGAACUAUUUCUAAUUUAACGAGAAAAAACGCAGCAAGAAUUGGUUUGCAGAAAGAUUAUGAGAAAUAAUUGAGUCAGUUCAUUUCAGUUUGUUGUUGAAGUUGGAAUGACUUGGGCCUUCUAUCAUCCUCCUGCCUUGUAUUUUUUGUUUUUGUAUGUUUUAAAAUGUAUGUUAAUAAUUUUUAUUGUUGAUGGAAAACCUGA